CACAUAAUGAGGACUAUAUUAGUAUUCAUCGGUUUGCUGUGCGCAUUAAUAUUACCGUUUUCUGAAGGCAGUACCAUCGGAUUGAAAAGCGAUCGAGAGUUUCAUCAAAGCACGAGUUUUGCAUCCGAUCCUUUACUUGUACCUCAGUGCGGAAUCAGUAAUGUGCAGACAGACAGAAUCGUUGGUGGCACAGAAGCUAUAUUAGGUGAAUUUCCUUGGAUAGUUCGUCUUGGGCAAAUUAUUUCUCCUAUGCCUGGUCUGCAAUGGAUAUCGUGGAUAUGCGGUGGCACUUUGAUUAGCGAGAGACAUAUCCUCACCGCCGCUCAUUGUUUUUCUGAUUCUUCUUUAAUGAAUUUUCUUGUGAACUAUAUAGCGCGUAUUGGCGAUCUAGAUUUCGACAGCAACGACGAUGGGGCACAUCCAGUUGAGGUUCUCAUUAAAGAGAUAAUAAUACAUAACAAAUACAAUGAUAUCUCUCAUGAGAAUGAUGCGGCGGUUUUAAAAACAGAUCGCAAGGUACAAUUUACAUCGAUGCUUCUUCCCGCUUGUCUUCCGUUAGGCAAUAUGAAAAAUAAGAAUUUAGAAGGGGAGGAAGUUUCCAUCGCUGGAUGGGGGAAUACUAAAUAUCAAGGAUCAUCGCCCAAUAUGCUUUUGGAAGCCAAAACUUUUUUAACUACGCAGAAAGAAUGCAAAACUGCUUACAGUAAACUACCGACUGCAGUUAUUGAUAACCGCACUCUAUGCGCAGCAAGUCCUGGAAUAGAUUCCUGUCAGGGUGACAGUGGUGGACCACUGAUGAUUCGAUUUGGAAAUAAGACAUAUGUUAUUGGAAUAGUAUCAUGGGGCAAGGGAUGCGCUGAGCCAAAUUAUCCAGGCGUAUACACAAAAGUUGCGGAAUUCCUAUCUUUCAUCAAGCAAUGCAUAGGUAUAGAAGUUUUUCUUAUUAAAAAUUAA